AAGCCUGUGUUUACUUUCCCGUCAGUUCCCAAGGGAUCUGUAUAGCCCCCUGACUGCCUCUUCCCAGCACUUUUCAUCCCUUUCUCCUGAGUUGUUUCUGGAACAGCAAUAAUCAGAAGAGGCGUCUGGCUAUAGGGAUGUCCAUCGAGAUUGCAGAAGAUGAGUCACUCCUGGUCCUUCAACCCAAGCUCUGAAAGCCGUCAGGUAGAGAGCAGUCAGGGUAACCACCAGCUCCUGAUUCAGAGAGAGGGACUGCUAAUUCAACAGUUGUGGGAAAGCCGAUUCCUACUGUCAUAUUUACCCAGGACUGAAGAGCAAGGAAGGGGAGAUUACUACUUGAUGAAUUUCUACUCUUCAUGUAGACUGGGCCAGAUUUGUUUGGCUCUCCAGCUGUUGUUGAACUGCAGCAUUCAUCAGCCCUAGUGAGGAUAGACACUGAUUCCAUGAAGGAUGCCACUUCCUCUGAUAGGGAACUGCUUGAACUCAGUGAUAAUGAUGUGGCAGAGAUCAACUUGCAUGCGGUGGAAUCCCUUAGUGACCUGCACUACACAUCCAGCAAGCAUGAAGGAGCAAAGGCCUUAAGGGGGAGCAUCCAGUCUCAGCCCAACACCCCACGGACACCACAGAGCGCUACUUCCUCCAAGCAUUUCACCUUCCCAAAUGAGGAGGACACAGCCUUUUUACAAGUCCAGAAUUUCCAUAUCUUACCUGCUUUUACCUGCUGCCCCUGCUUCAGCCCCACAUGUUGCCCCGCAGGCUUCUUUGCUCUCCUUGGAGUGCUGGUAGUGGCCAGCCUUGGCCUAGCCACAUUGGCUGUUUAUCUAAGUGUCCUACAGCGUGAGUCACUCCGGGUCCUCGCCCAGUGGUUGGAGUCCCAAGAGGAAGCCAUCCGGCAAAUGAGGGCCGUGAGCAUACAGCUAUGGAGGCAGCUCAAUGACAGUGAACCUGGGGCUCACACCUGAGUAAGAUGGUUCCUCCUCUCACCCACCCCACACAUUCUCUCGGAGAAGGAGCUUAAGGGAAAAAAGAAACAAUUCCUUGACACAUUUUGAACACAAACAUGUGGUGGUUUGGUCUAGGGGAUUGCCUAAGGUAAAAAGAAAGUUCUCCAGAAUCACUGGAGUUUUGCUGAGGUUCAUGUACCUUGGGGAAAGUAAUGCUUGGAACACUGAGGCUACCCAAGGAUGGGAAGGGAAAGACAGGCAGGAAUCCCAUUGAAAAGAAAAGGAAGAAGCGGUAUCUAGAUAGCAACCUCUCAUCAGUUUUUUGGAUGGUGUUUUUAUUCCUACAGAGUAUUUUGAAAAUUUGGCACAAUAUUGCUUUACUUUAUAGCCAUUUAAAAUGUUGCCUAUGUGGCAGCUUAGCAGAUGUGACUGAUGAUUGAAAAUAAAACCAACAGGCUUCCUUUGCCAA